AUGUCAGUAGUAGACACUGCAAAUUUAAUUAACCGCAUUGCUGCUAUUCAGUCUUCGAGCAACUUUCACACUAGCAGCAGUGUUAAUGUUCUUUCGCGUCGUCCCUCGAUCUAUGGUACAGGCGAGGAUCGGAUCGUCUUGGACAUUGGAAGUCUGUACAUAAAGGCUGGUUUCAGUGGGGAGUCCAGACCGAGGCACAUUGUGCCGGUGUACGCUGGCAACAUGAAAACACAUUGGGAUCCAGACUUCAACGGAAGCGGUGGCGUAGUAAAAGUGUGCGGCGAAGGCUGUAGGGUUAUCGGUGAGGUCCAAAUUGACAUAUCGCAGUUUGCCGAAUUGUUUGAUCUAGAAAUUGGAAAAUAUCCCGAUGGCCUAGAUGCUUUAUACGAUCGGUUAGCUCAUUAUCUUAGGGAGAUUUAUUUUAGGUAUCUAUUAACGGAUCCAAAGCAACGCAAGGUUGUAUUAUGCGAGUCGCCGAUGAUGCCCUUAACAUUGAAGCAGUUGAUUGCCAAAGUCCUGUUUGAAAAUCUUCAGGUUCCAUCAAUUUCUUUCGCGCCAUCUCACAUGUUAGCAUUAUUAACGACUGGUUGUACAACUGGUCUGGUGAUUGAUGUUGGACAUCUGGAGACCACCGUAUUGCCGACCUUUUCUGCUCGUCCUUUGACUUCCUUUACCCGCACUACUCCUUUGGCGGGUCGUGCAUUGACUCAAAGGCUCAAAGAUUUGAUUACAACAUACGGAAAUAUGAUCAUACCACCAUCGACAAAUCAGGUGCCCGUUCAUGCCAAAUACUUAACACCCGCGGUGUUAGAAGACAUUAAAGCACGAUUUAUUUUUGUGAGCCCUAUAAUGGUCUCCGCAGCUUCAAGGGGAAUUGCGGAAAAAACUUCAGUGGAUGACAUGGAGGAAAAAUAUUCUUCAGUCAGUUCUGCAACGGAUAUACACUAUCCUAUUACCAUAAGUAAAGUUGGGCGAGAACGUCAGAUGGGUACCUUAAUUAUACCCGGUUGGAUCAGAGAACGAUGCGCUGAGGUGCUUUUCGAAGGAGACGAGGAUGAAUCUAGCGUGGUUGGAUGCGCACUGGAAUGUUUAUUAAAGACGCCUAUAAAUCUUCGUCAACCGCUCACAUCAUCGAUUCUCCUUAUUGGAGGUACCACCUUACUUCCAAAUUUCCAAUCGAGAUUUGCACAAGAGCUUUUGCGAGCUUUACAUACGGAUAAGAGAUUUUCAUCAUUGAGUGGUCUUAGACAUCACAUCAGUUUCUUGGAAGAAAAAGGAAGCGGCAAAAUGUUUGUGGCGAACUGUAGGGCUUGGGUCGGAGGAUCCCUUAUUGGGUCACUCAAAUCUACCGUUGUGGAAAUAUCUAGAGAAAAAUAUACCGGCCAAGUUCCUGAUUGGACCACUUCGAACUUGACAACAGCCUGA